CACCGACCUAUUCUUCUCAAACAAAACUCUCGCACUAAGCCAAGAAAACCACAUUCCUUUCCUUCUCUACAUCAAUUAUCUCUCUUUCGUUACAUCUAAACCCUUCUACAGUUUUAUAAAAAAAAUGAAAAACUUAAACUCAUGGAUCACUCUUCCUGCCGGAGGAGAUAUCCGGAUCCUCCGGGGCAUGCCACGGCGAGAACAGUGAAUAACAAUAAUAGUAAUCCAAAGAAGAAAAGAGUCGUGGAAGAAGAGAAUGAUGAUGAAAAGAUUGUUUCAAAGCAUCCCACUUAUCGAGGGGUGAGAAUGCGACAAUGGGGAAAAUGGGUCUCCGAGAUAAGAGAGCCAAAGAAGAAAUCAAGAAUCUGGCUCGGUACCUUCUCCACGCCGGAGAUGGCGGCGCGUGCUCACGACGUAGCGGCUUUAGCCAUUAAAGGCGGCUCUGCUCACCUCAACUUCCCUGAGCUAGCAUACCACCUCCCUAGACCGGCUAGUGCUGACCCUAAAGACAUCCAAGCCGCAGCAGCCGCUGCUGCAGCUUCGGUCGGCGUUGACAUGGAAGUAGAGACGUCGUCUCCCUCUCCCGCUAGCUCGGAACCUUCGUCUCCCGGUAUGACCGCACUAGUCGACGACGCGUUUUCUGACCUCCCCGAUCUGUUGCUCGACGUGAACCACAACAUCGACGGCUUUUGGGACUCAUUUCCUUACGAAGAACCUUUCUUCUCGGGGAGUUACUAGAAGACAAAGACACUGUAGUUUUGUACGUAUUGUUUUUUUAGUCAUGUGAAAACUUUUUAACAUUAAAAGUCACCUGUUGAUCCAAGUUGUAGAAUUAAUAACGAUUUAUGAUCGAUUUUUUUUUCUUUUUCUAGAACUUUUAAGUGGGGAUGUGUGACAUCUAUAAGCGAAAAGGCUCUUUGCUUUUGUAGAAAUGUGAACGUCAGUGAGUCAGUGAUAAUUAAAAAGGUCCCAUGUUUGGUUGUAGCUCUGUUGUACCUCUACAUAUACUUAGGUUCUGGCACAAGAAAUAGAUAUCGACAUCUUUUCUCCGUAA